AUGGCACCAAAUCCCAAAGUCGCGGAGGCGAUCUCCAACGCCGAGUCUUGUUCUGGAGAGAAGGGACCUCUCUACGAGCAACUGCUCUCCGAAAUCAAGAACAUUUCAUCCCCGUCCACCGCUACCAACGACCUAAAUGCUAUCAUCGACUCCUUCUUUAACCAGGCGCUCGGCGUCGUGGCCACGCGAACCGUCCUCGCGUCUUUUAUUGCGACACUCCGAGAAUUAAAGAACGAGGAUAUGUGGAUCGAGGUUGGGAAUCGAACUUUGAACACCAUCGCGGCCCAGCCAUCAUCUUCUUCUUUCGUGGAUGCCGUCGCCACUAUCCGUGAGCUCAUUGCAACGGCCCACGAAAGCAACGGUGACUUCCUUGAUGCUGCAAAGGCUCUGGCCGAUAUUCCACUUGAUAGUUCUCAGCGCAAGAUCACCGAUGAGGAGAAAGCUCGCACAUGGAUUCGCAUCGUUCGGAACUACCUCGAAGUCGACGACUCUACGGCCGCCGAGAUGUAUAUCAACAAGCUCAAGAACAUAAUGCAUACCGUAUCUGAUCAAGAACUAAACUUACACUUCAAGCUCUCACAAGCCCGUAUUCUGGACGCUCAGCGCGACUUUUUAUCCGCAUCUCAACGAUAUCACGAGAUCAGCUUCUCGCCUGCGAUUGACGAAGAGGAACGCCUACAUACACUCAGUAUGGCGGUCAAAUGUGCUGUUCUGGCACCGGCUGGUCCCAUGAGAAACCGAACAUUGAGUCGCCUCUACAAAGAUGAACGCUCAUCGCAACUUGAGGAAUUUGGUAUCCUGGAAAAGAUGUUCCUUGACCGGCUGUUGUCACCUGAGGAGGUUGACAAGUUUGCAGAGGGGCUCCAGCCACACCAGCUGGCAACUACAUCAGAUGGCUCCACGGUACUUGCCAAGGCUGUCGUCGAGCACAAUCUUCUCGGCGCAUCCAGACUUUACAGCAAUAUUAGAUUCGAGGCCCUGGGAACACUACUGGGCCUGGAUACUGAUAAGGCUGAAGAGACCACUGCACGUAUGAUUGAGCAGGGUCGUUUAGUCGGGCGUAUGGAUCAGAUUGACGGCAUUGUGUACUUUGAGGGUGGCGAGGCAUCUGGAGAGAAGGGGAGUGGGCGAGCAGAAAUUAUUGUUGGCAAGCAAAUGCGAAAUUGGGAUGCCAACGUUGAGAGUGUGGCUGAGGAGGUGGAGAAUAUCACCAAUGCGCUGCAAAAGGAGUUUCCCGAAUUUGUUGCCGCAACCCUUGUUGUGUGA